AUGGCUAGUGCCCUUGAUCGCGCGCUUAACAACUUCCGUGCACAGCCAAGAGAUAUGUCCGGCCAGAAGAAGGCUAAAGUAUCAUUAAUUUUCGAACCAACUGUUGCCGCAUCUACAUCUGCAGGUACAUUUUACCAAGUAGGCUAUGCUGGUUAUACUGAACUUCUUCAAAUCGAUCACAGAAUCAAGAAAUUCGAAAAAUCCAUUUUUAAUCCAUCAAUUACAGAUGUCGAUCCAUUAUUCUUGACAGCCGAAGAAUACAACCCACUCCGUGAGAAAGUUAGAGAGCUUAUGUUCUUCCUGUCAAACUAUUGCAUGGAGGUUUCAGCAGUUAAAGUUCUUGAAUAUUUAAUUCAACAAUUUGCUGUUAAUAGAUUAAAUCCAGAAAUCUUACUCUUCAUUACACUUCCUUACCUCGAAACUCCUCUCUUUGUUCGCGUUAUUCAAACAAUUCCAUUCAAGGCCAUGCCAAAAGCCUUUGACUUCCUUGAUGACUUCAGACACAUAUCGCAGACAAAGAAACCAAUCGACCGCAAGUUACUUAUCUCAUGGAUUAUCAAGAAACCCAACAUUUUACCUUGGAUUAUCUCAAAUGUUCCAAGAGUCUGCGCUUACCACCCUGAUGGCGUUUAUGCUUCCUUUGUUGGUGUCCUCUUCUCCCAGUUAAUUAUGGAGAAUAUCGAUGAGGCAAUGGGAACAAACAUUAUCAACGCUGCAAUGGCCGCUUUAGACGAUCCAAAUGGUUAUUUAGCACCACAAUACUUGAUGGCCGUUCUCACAUUGAACGAAAAGAAAGAACUCGGUAUUCUUCCAAAGAUUACAAAAAAGAUUUCAUCAAAUGCGGAAACCGUCUUUGCCAAUCACUUUUCUGAGAUGUUCUCCUUAACAGUUGCUUUAUUCCAGAAGUCUGUUCCAAUCCAUGUCAAAGAAGGCUUUGUUCAUGCGAUUGCAUCCCAAAUUUCAUCUGUCAAAGACUUAAUUCGCAACACAGACACCACAGUCAUUGCCAAGUCAUGCUCAAACCUCAUCGUCAAGAAGUCCAAGAACGAAUCUUUGGUUAAAUCUGCUAUCGCCAUUCUCGAAACCAAUUUCUUCGAAACAGUGGCCAAAGAGUUCCUUCUCGGCUUCGUCCAGAACUAUCCUGGUGGUGAAUACGCUGAAAUGCUCGUCCAAAAGCUCGCAAACGAUUAUCCAGAAAUUUUGACAGAAGAUGUCAAUUCUGCAUUGAAAUCUGCCAACAUUUCUGUCAGAUUAUCAGCUCACACCCGUCAGAGCAUCAUUGAUUCAUUAAGUGAAUCAUCCAAAGCAGCUGCUGUCUUUGCGGAUCCAGAUCUCCAAUUCGAUCUUGCAUCAAAUCAAGCGGUCAGUUGUUUGACAUCAGCAGAAUCAGCCGAUUCCGUUGAAGUUGUUGAGCCAUUGAUUAAGUAUUUCAAGGGAAGAUGUCCUGAACAUGUUUUACAAUGGAUUUGUGAGCAUUUGUUCAUUUCCGGAUCAAAGUUUUCUGAUUGUUUGAUCAAAAACAUUUCUGUUUAUGGCAAAGAAUUGGCAGAUUUCCUUGAAGGAUUUCCAACAGACUCUAACAAGUCAAUAUUAUCUUUCUUGUCCGCAAAAUCAAAGGAACUGCCUAAUUUCAAGUCACUUCCUAUAGCUGCUGCAAAAGCUUUGAAUGAAAAAUCAUCUGAAAAAGUGACAGAUUUAAUCAAAUUCCUUCCACAGAGGAAACUCGAUUAUUCCGUUGUCAGGAGCUUAGAAACCAAGAUAUUCCAAGAAGAUUUAGAGUUCGUUGCUGAUAGCAUGGAAUCUCAAGCUGCUUUUAUUUUGGCAGUUACUCAUAAAAUUGCUGAAGAAAGUGAACUGACCACUGAUAAUUUAUUAGCUUUGUUUUCAUUCCCAGAUUUCAGGUGUCUUCUUCCAACUGUUGUUUUACUUGCAACAAAGAAACAACUCAACAAAAUGACAUCUGUAUUCCACAUUUCGAACCAACAAGAAAACAACGCAAAAAUCAAUUGUUUGACAUUAAUUGCUGUUGUUUUGCCAAUGUCAAAUCCAUAUGACAUCAUUCCAACAUUGUUUUGCGCUUUGAAAUCUCCUGUUUACAAGGACAGAGCAAUGGAAUUGAUCAGAGGAAUUUCUUUGAAAGAAGAAGGUAUCAAAGAUGUUCUUCCUUACGUAAUCAAACAUCAUCAAUUGUUUGGUAACGAUGAACAAACAACAAUUGGUGUUUUCACGAAGAGUUGUGCAAAACCAGAGACAAGAACAUUCUAUAAUCAUUGCUGGGAACAUAUCCAAGAUUGUUCAAUCGCUUUGGAUUUCUUCUUAUUAACAAAUGACAAAGAAUGUUUCUCUGCAAUCAAAAGAUUAGAAAAAGAACCAAAGAUUGUCGAUUUAUUUGACAAUUACAUCCAGAAAUAUCCUGAUAACGAAGAAGCCAAGGAUUGGGCAUUGAACACUUUGAAUUCUGGAGUUAUCAAAUCAGUAAUUCCUUAUUUGAAUGAAACAAAGCUUUCCAAGAGUCUCCCAUUCGUUUGCUCUUAUCCACAGUACUACGCAACAUCUUUCAACUUGUUCUUUAAGAACCACAAUAUCCCGUACAAAGACAUCGAAAAGGAAAUCACAAAAGGUCAAACUUCCGCCAUCAAAGAAUCAAAAACCGAAAUUCCGCCUCAAAUUUUUGCCAACAAAAAUUUCAAUGGUUUACUAAAAUCGUUACAGGCGCGAAUUGUUGUCAGUCCAUGCCAGAUUUUAUUAGAGAACAUUUCAAACAAACAGGAAGUUGACGGAAUUGUUGAAUUAGUUCCAUCAAUUAUUAGUUUAUUCGACAUGAAAGAGAAUUCCAAUUUAAUUCCAUAUAUUUUCAAUUGUCUUUUGAUGGCAAUUAAAAAAGAGAACGAAACAACAGAGAAAAAGAAGAAAUCAUGCACAGACAUAAUGAUCGAGAACUUCUCCAAGAUCAUUUCAUCCAUUUCUUCUACAACUGUUCCUCAUAUUCAUUCAACAGCUUUACAAGUUGUUGAAGAACUCGCAAGAGUUAAACCAGAAGAAGUUGCAAAACACGCCAAAACAUUCUUCUCAGCAAUGCCAACAGAAACACUGUUUUCAGAUGAUGUUGCAAACUUGGCAAGAAUCAAUCAGCUCCUUUCAAGUGUUCUCCCAAUUUUGGAGAAAGCAAAUACAAUCAUGGAAUUGUUGAAUUUCUUCUCUGAAAACAUUGACAGAUUUUCAAUGGACAGAGCUUCAAAGAUCAUGAUUCAUUCCAUCGGAUGUCUCAAUAGCGAAUCAUACAGAGUGUUUGACUCUUUACUCAAACACGACAAAGUUGAUUUCGCAUUGACUUUGACCGACCAAAUGAAGGCAGAAACAUUAAUGUCUUCAAUUAUCAGAUUGACAGAAUUGACAGAAAAAAGUGACAAUUUCAAAGAUUUCAUUUCACAAAUACAGUUCCCGUCACUUCCUGUACCAAUGAUACGCUUCUUUAUGGUUCUCCAGAAGAAGUUUGAUGAAGAUGAGUUCAGAGAUAUUGUCACAGAUGUCUGCAAUUCAUGGGGAUUACCAGAUUUCAUUUCUUUCAGUGAAGAAGCAGUUGUCAAACCAACAAUGACAACAUUAGUACAAUCCUUGAUUACACAGAGGAUUUCCAAUGAACCUUCUCCAUUGUUCAGCUCAUUAUUGAAGCCAUUACAGUCAUUGAUUGAACAUGGAACAGAGUUACAAUUGACAUUGAACACUUUACAAGGAAUUACUCAGUUGUUGGAAGAAGAACAUGCACCAAUUGUCUCUACAUUGAUCACAAAGACAUUGGAUGCAAUAAAUCAGGAAACUAUAAAGCCAAGUAUCCAAUUGGCCGCUUUGUCUUUCACUGCAAAUGCUGUUGAAAAGUUCAAAAUGUCAAUUUUGGAUGUUUAUCCACCUGUUUUAGAUUUCGCCGCAGAAUUCUUACAAAUGGUUGUUGAACAUGAAGCAGCAGAUGCUAUUGGCCCAACUGUUGGAUCUGUCUGCUUGUUGUUAUCAGCAUCUCCUGAAUUUUCUGCUGAUAAAUUAGUCAAAAUUGUUCCUUCUCUUUUAUCCCCAAUGAUUUUGAAUAGAGAAGAACUCAGCACACUCGUUAACAAGAACUUGACAGAGAUUGUUGCUGUUCUUUCAUUGGAUCAAGUUCUUCCUUCUUUCGUUGCAACAUUGGAAGUUAAAAACGCUUCUCCUGAAUCAUUAAUUGGAAUGUUCGAUUUGAUGACGAAAUCCCUUAAACACAGCGAUGUCCACAUGGUCAGAAGAUUGCAGGCAACACUAUUGAAAUUCUUCUUAUUGUCAUUUACAAUAAGAUUUGAUGAUAUCGAUGAUAACAUGAUGUUCCAAGAUGCUGUUGCUGAAACAUUUGGUGAAUACGCGAAUAGAUUGAAUGAACAAUUAUUUGCCAUUGCUUUCUCAACAAUAUUACAGUACAUGCUGACAUUAUCUGAUAAGAAACAGAAGGAUUAUGUUGUAGGAAGAUUCUUCUUCGCAAGAGUUAUUCAUUCUAUUGUUAACACAUUGAGAGAAGUCUUUGCAAAGUUUUAUUCUUCUUUCUUCGAUUCUUUCAUCCAAUUUGUUUUGGAAUCUGAUGAUGGAAUCUUAGAACAAAGAGAAGUGACAAUAAGAGUUAUGUUCGUAUUAACAAAGAUUUGCGAUUACGCAGAUCAGAUCUUCUUCGAAACAAGAUUCAGCAAAGUUUUAGAUGCAAUUAAAAUGCACUUUAACUGUUUCGAAGGUGAAUUGACAACAGAAACAAUGGAGUCUGAAUCAGAUAGAGAAAGAACUUAUGAAUACAAGAUGUUCGUUCUUGGUAACGCUUUCGCUGCUUUGAUGAACGCUUCUAAGACUAAUUUGACACAGAUGAUGAACGUGUUGAUUGAACAAUUACGUAACGAGAAAUCUAUAAUUGUCAUCAACAUUCUCAACGUUCUCUUGAUUUGCAGUGAAAAUGCCCGUGAUAACUUCUCUUCUGUUUUCACUUCUGCUCUUCCUGUUAUCAACGAAUUGCUUGAACAUCCUGAUGCUGAUAUCCAGGCUGCUGCUCGCAACGCUGUCCACAGUUUGGCAAGAACAAACGAAUCAGUUAGAAACUUCUUCAUUUCAGAUCAAUAA